AUGACACCUUUCAUGAGCCUCGCCUUAUUUGUUGCCCUGUUCUUGCUCAACUCAGAUCGCAUUCAGAAAGCCAUUGAGAUAUGCAGCGAGUGUUUGAUUAUUCUAAAUGGCACCGAUCAAAACAACAAAGACCAAUUUGAUUCAGCACUGCCACAAUUUUACAGCGACAUCUAUACCAUUCUUUUCAGCGCUUAUCGUCAUAUCUCUGACUACAUAAGUGCGGAAAGAUACGGAAGGAAACUGUUUGACUUAUACAGAGGGUAUGGAAUUAUGCUUUAUAAACUUGGCGAAACCCUAAAAGCAAAGGAAUAUUUUGAGAGGGCCCUUGCCAUAACAACCAAAAUUGGCGACAGAGGAGGGGAAGCAUCAUGUUAUGGAAACCUAGGUACUGUGUUUACGUCACUUGGCCAAUACGACAAGGCUGAAGAGUAUCUCCAAAAAGCACUUGUCAUCACAACUGAAAUUGGCGACAGAGAAGGGGAGGCAACUGACUACGGAAACCUUGGUACUGUGUUUACGUCGCUUGGCCAAUACGACAAGGCUGAAGAGUAUCUCCAAAAAGCGCUUGUCAUCAGAACUGAAAUUGGCGACAGACAAGGGGAGGCAACUGACUACGGAAACCUUGGUACUGUGUUUACGUCGCUUGGCCAAUACGACAAGGCUGAAGAGUAUCUCCAAAAAGCGCUUGUCAUCACAACUGAAAUUGGUGACAGAGAAGGGGAGGCAACUGACUACGGAAACCUUGGUACUGUGUUUACGUCGCUUGGCCAAUACGACAAGGCUGAAGAGUAUCUCCAAAAAGCGCUUGUCAUCACAACUGAAAUUGGCGACAGAGAAGGGGAGGCAACUGACUACGGAAACCUUGGUACUGUGUUUAAGUCGCUUGGCCAGUACAACAAGGCUGAAGAGUAUCUCCAAAAAGCGCUUGUCAUCAGAACUGAAAUUGACGACAGAGAAGGGGAGGCAACUGACUACGGAAACCUAGGUACUGUGUUUAAGUCGCUUGGCCAAUACGACAAGGCUAAAGAGUAUCUCCAAAAAGCGCUUGUCAUCACAACUGAAAUUGGCGACAGAGGAGGGGAAGCAUCAUGUUAUGGAAACCUAGGUACUGUGUUUACGUCGCUUGGACAAUACGACAAGGCUGAAGAGUAUCUCCAAAAAGCGCUUGUCAUCAGAACUGAAAUUGGCGACAGAGGAGGGGAAGCAUCAUGUUAUGGAAACCUAGGUACUGUGUUUACGUCGCUUGGCCAAUACGACAAGGCUGAAGAGUAUCUCCAAAAAGCUCUUGUCAUCAGAACUGAAAUUGGCGACAGAGGAGGGAAAGCAUCAUGUUAUGGAAACCUAGGUACUGUGUUUACGUCGCUUGGCCAAUACGACAAGGCUGAAGAGUAUCUCCAAAAAGCGCUUGUCAUCAGAACUGAAAUUGGCGACAGAGAAGGGGAGGCAACUGACUACGGAAACCUUGGUACUGUGUUUACGUCGCUUGGCCAAUACGACAAGGCUAAAGAGUAUCUCCAAAAAGCGCUUGUCAUCAGAACUGAAAUUGGCGACAGAGAAGGGGAGGCAACUGACUACGGAAACCUUGGUACUGUGUUUACGUCGCUUGGCCAAUACGACAAGGCUGAAGAGUAUCUUCAAAAAGCGCUUCUCAUCACAACUGAAAUUGGCAACAAACGAGGGGAAGCAUCAUGUUAUGGAAACCUAGGUACUGUGUUUAAGUCGUUUGGCCAAUACGACAAGGCUGAAGAGUAUCUCCGAAAAGCGCUUGUCAUCACAACUGAAAUUGGCGACAGAGGAGGGGAAGCAUCAUGUUAUGGAAACCUAGGUACUGUGUUUACGUCGCUUGACCAAUACGACAAGGCUGAAGAGUAUCUCCAAAAUGCGCUUGUCAUCAGAACUGAAAUUGGCGACAGAGGAGGGGAAGCAUCAUGUUAUGGAAACCUAGGUACUGUGUUUACGUCACUUGGCCAAUACGACAAGGCUGAAGAGUAUCUCCAAAAAGCGCUAGUCAUCAGAACUGAAAUUGGCGACAGAGGAGGGGAAGCAUCAUGUUAUGGAAACCUAGGUACCGUGUUUACGUCGCUUGGCCAAUACGACAAGGCUGAAGAGUAUCUCCAAAAAGCUCUUGUCAUCAGAACUGAAAUUGGCGACAGAGGAGGGAAAGCAUCAUGUUAUGGAAACCUAGGUACUGUGUUUACGUCGCUUGGCCAAUACGACAAGGCUGAAGAGUAUCUCCAAAAGCGCUUGUCAUCAGAACUGAAAUUGGCGACAGAGAAGGGGAGGCAACUGACUACGGAAACCUUGGUACUGUGUUUACGUCGCUUGGCCAAUACGACAAGGCUAAAGAGUAUCUCAAAAAGCGCUUGUCAUCAGAACUGAAAUUGGCGACAGAGAAGGGGAGGCAACUGACUACGGAAACCUUGGUACUGUGUUUACGUCGCUUGGCCAAUACGACAAGGCUGAAGAGUAUCUUCAAAAGCGCUUCUCAUCACAACUGAAAUUGGCAACAAACGAGGGGAAGCAUCAUGUUAUGGAAACCUAGGUACUGUGUUUAAGUCGUUUGGCCAAUACGACAAGGCUGAAGAGUAUCUCCGAAAAGCGCUUGUCAUCACAACUGAAAUUGGCGACAGAGGAGGGGAAGCAUCAUGUUAUGGAAACCUAGGUACUGUGUUUACGUCGCUUGACCAAUACGACAAGGCUGAAGAGUAUCUCCAAAAUGCGCUUGUCAUCAGAACUGAAAUUGGCGACAGAGGAGGGGAAGCAUCAUGUUAUGGAAACCUAGGUACUGUGUUUACGUCACUUGGCCAAUACGACAAGGCUGAAGAGUAUCUCCAAAAAGCGCUAGUCAUCAGAACUGAAAUUGGCGACAGAGGAGGGGAAGCAUCAUGUUAUGGAAACCUAGGUACUGUGUUUACGUCGCUUGGCCAAUACGACAAGGCUGAAGAGUAUCUCCAAAAAGCGCUUGUCAUCAGAACUGAAAUUGGCGACAGACAAGGGGAGGCAACUGACUACGGAAACCUUGGUACUGUGUUUACGUCGCUUGGCCAAUACGACAAGGCUGAAGAGUAUCUCCAAAAAGCGCUUGUCAUCAGAACUGAAAUUGGCGACAGAGAAGGGGAGGCAACUGACUACGGAAACCUUGGUACUGUGUUUAAGUCGCUUGGCCAAUACGAGAAGGCUGAAGAGUAUGUCCAAAAAGCGUUUGUCAUCACAACUGAAAUUGGCGAAAGAGAAGGGGAGGCAACUGACUACGGAAACCUAGGUACUGUGUUUAAGUCGCUUGGCCAAUACGACAAGGCUGAAGAGUAUCUCCAAAAAGCGCUUGUCUUCACAACUGAAAUUGGCGACAGAGGAGGGGAAGCAUCAUGUUAUGGAAACCUAGGUACUGUGUUUAAGUCCCUUGGCCAAUACGACAAGGCUGAAGAGUAUCUCCAAAAAGCGCUUGUCAUCAGAACUGAAAUUGGCGACAGAGGAGGGGAAGUAUCAUGUUAUGGAAACCUAGGUACUAUGUUUACGUCGCUUGACCAAUACGACAAGGCUGAAGAGUAUCUCCAAAAAGCGCUUGUCAUCACAACUGAAAUUGGCGACAGAGGAGGGGAAGCAUCAUGUUAUGGAAACCUAGGUACUGUGUUUAAGUCCCUUGGCCAAUACGACAAGGCUGAAGAGUAUCUCCAAAAAGCGCUUCUCAUCACAACUGAAAUUGGCGACAGAGGAGGGGAAGUAUCAUGUUAUGGAAACCUAGGUACUAUGUUUACGUCGCUUGGCCAAUACGACAAGGCUGAAGAGUAUCUCCAAAAAGCGCUUGUCAUCACAACUGAAAUUGGCGACAGAGGAGGGGAAGCAUCAUGUUAUGGAAACCUUGCUACUGUGUUUACGUCGCUUGGCCAAUACGACAAGGCUGAAGAGUAUCUCCAAAAAGCGCUUGUCAUCAGAACUGAAAUUGGCGACAGAGAAGGGGAGGCAACUGACUACGGAAACCUAGGUACUGUGUUUACGUCGCUUGGCCAAUACGACAAGGCUGAAGAGUAUCUCCAAAAAGCGCUUGUCAUCAGAACUGAAAUUGGCGACAGAGAAGGGGAGGCAACUGACUACGGAAACCUUGGUACUGUGUUUACGUCGCUUGGCCAAUACGACAAGGCUGAAGAGUAUCUCCAAAAAGCGCUUGUCAUCACAACUGAAAUUGGCGACAGAGGAGGGGAAGCAUCAUGUUAUGGAAACCUAGGUACUGUGUUUACGUCGCUUGGCCAAUACGACAAGGCUGAAGAGUAUCUCCAAAAAGCGCUUGUCAUCACAACUGAAAUUGGCGACAGAGGAGGGGAAGCAUCAUGUUAUGGAAACCUAGGUACUGUGUUUACGUCGCUUGGACAAUACGACAAGGCUGAAGAGUAUCUCCAAAAAGCGCUUGUCAUGAGAACUGAAAUUGGCGACAGAGGAGGGGAAGCAUCAUGUUAUGGAAACCUUGGUACUGCGUUUACGUCGCUUGGCCAAUACGACAAGGCUGAAGAGUAUCUCCAAAAAGCGCUUGUCAUCAGAACUGAAAUUGGCGACAGAGAAGGGGAGGCAACUGACUACGGAAACCUUGGUACUGUGUUUACGUCGCUUGGCCAAUACGACAAGGCUGAAGAGUAUCUCCAAAAAGCGCUUGUCAUCACAGCUGAAAUUGGCGACAGAGAAGGGGAGGCAACUGACUACGGAAACCUUGGUACUGUGUUUACGUCGCUUGGCCAAUACGACAAGGCUGAAGAGUAUCUCCAAAAAGCGCUUGUCAUCAGAACUGAAAUUGGCGACAGACAAGGGGAGGCAACUGACUACGGAAACCUUGGUACUGUGUUUAAGUCGCUUGGCCAAUACGACAAGGCUGAAGAGUAUCUCCAAAAAGCGCUUGUCAUCAGAACUGAAAUUGGCGACAGAAAAGGGGAGGCAACUGACUACGGAAACCUAGGUACUGUAUUUAAGUCGCUUGGCCAAUACGACAAGGCUGAAGAGUAUCUCCAAAAAGCGCUUGUUAUCACAACUGAAAUUGGCGACAGAGGAGGGGAAGCAUCAUGUUAUGGAAACCUAGGUACUGUGUGUACGUCGCUUGGCCAAUACGACAAGGCUGAAGAGUAUCUCCAAAAAGUGCUUGUCAUCACAACUGAAAUUGGCGACAGAAGAGGGGAAGCAUCAUGUUAUGGAAACCUAGGUACUGUGUUUACGUCGCUUGGCCAAUACGACAAGGCUGAAGAGUAUCUCCAAAAAGCGCUUGUCAUCACAACUGAAAUUGGCGACAGAGGAGGGGAAGCAUCAUGUUAUGGAAACCUAGGUACUGUGUUUACGUCGCUUGGCCAGUAUGACAAGGCCGAAGAGUAUCUCCAAAUAGCGCUUGUCAUCAGAAUUGAAAUUGGCGACAGAGGAGGGGAAGCAUCAUGUUAUGGAAACUUAGGUACUGUGUUUACGUCGCUUGGGCAAUACGACAAGGCUGAAGAGUAUCUCCAAAAAGCACUUGUCAUCAGAAUUGAAAUUGGCGACAGAGAAGGGGAGGCAACUGACUACGGAAACCUUGGUACUGUGUUUACGUCGCUUGGCCAAUACGACAAGGCUGAAGAGUAUCUCCAAAAAGCGCUUGUCAUCAGAACUGAAAUUGGCGACAGACAAGGGGAGGCAACUGACUACGGAAACCUUGGUACUGUGUUUACGUCGCUUGGCCAAUACGACAAGGCUGAAGAGUAUCUCCAAAAAGCGCUUGUCAUCAGAACUGAAAUUGGCGACAGACGAGGGGAAGCAUCAUGUUAUGGAAACUUAGGUACUGUGUUUACGUCGCUUGGCCAAUACGACAAGGCUGAAGAGUAUCUCCGAAAAGCGCUUGUCAUCACAACUGAAAUUGGCGACAGAGGAGGGGAAGCAUCAUGUUAUGGAAACCUAGGUACUGUGUUUACGUCGCUUGGCCAAUACGACAAGGCUGAAGAGUAUCACCAAAAAGCGCUUGUCAUCAGAACUGAAAUUGGCGACAGACGAGGGGAAGCAUCAUGUUAUGGAAACCUAGGUACUGUGUUUACGUCGCUUGGCCAAUACGACAAGGCUGAAGAGUAUCUCCAAAAAGCGCUUCUCAUCACAACUGAAAUUGGCGACAGAGGAGGGGAAGCAUCAUGUUAUGGAAACCUAGGUACUGUGUUUACGUCGCUUGGCCAAUACGACAAGGCUGAAGAGUAUCACCAAAAAGCGCUUGUCAUCAGAACUGAAAUUGGCGACAGACAAGGGGAAGCAUCAUGUUAUGGAAGCCUAGGUGCUGUGUUUACAUCGCUUGACCAAUACGACAAGGCUGAAGAGUAUCUACAAAGAGCACUUGUCAUCAGAAAUGAAAUUGGCGACAGACGAGGGGAAGCAUCAUGUUAUGGAAGCCUAGGUGCUGUGUUUAAGUCGCUUGGCCAAUACGACAAGGCUAAAGAGUAUCUCCAAAAAGCGCUUGUCAUCACAACUGAAAUCGGUGCUAAGGAAGGGGAAGCAACAGUUCUUGGAACCCUUGGAAUUUUGUUUAGCACUGGUGGUGAUUUUGAAGCUUCGGAAGUAUGCUUGGAGAAAGCUUUAUUCAUAUCCAGAGAUAUUGGAGAUGGAAGAAAAGAGUUUGAAAUCCUUGAAGGUUACGCCGUUUUGUAUUUAUAUCAAUAUAAAAUCAAAGACUCCCUGUCGUGUCUUCAUCUGUGCAUUGAAAAGUAUGAGGAGCUGAGAUAUUUCAUGGGCGCCAAUGAUCAGUUCAAAACAUCAUUUCUGGAGGACACAGGAAUAUUUCCCUACAAGCUGCUUUGUACUUUGCUUUGUGUCACCGGAAAUGCUCGGGAUGCUCUUUAUGUUGAGGAGUUGGGUCGAGCUAGAGGUCUAUCAGACUUAAUGGCAGAGAAGUACUCGGUUGAAACGCACAUCUCUGCUAAUCCACAAUCUUGGUUUGGCAUUGAGGACAUUUUAAGAAAGAAAAGAAACUGUACUUGUCUGUACAUUUCUUAUUUUCAGAAUUGUCUGCAUUUGUGGAUCUUGAAAACAAGUGGAAUCUUUCACUAUAGAGGAAUAUCACCAGAAGAGAAUCUAGUUCAGGCUGGGUUACCCAAAGAUUUGUCUUUGAGUCAAUUUUUGGAUUAUAAUUUCCGGAGUCUUGGUAUUUUGCCCACUAAAGAUUGUGAAGAUCGGUCUUUAAAUACGAUUAAAUUGCAACCUCUCUCCCCCGCGCAAAAGAGCUCAGCAAGAUUGCGACUCGUGGAGGAGGACGAGGACGAGGACGAGAAAGUGAUUUCAAGUCUAUAUUUGUGUUACAAAAUGUUCAUUGCCCCCGUUUAUGAUUUGCUUGAUGAGCCUGAAGUAAUUAUUGUUCCUGACCGCAGGUUGUACAAAGUUCCCUUCGCUGCCCUGAGUGAAAAGGAGGGAGCCGAAUACUUGUCAGAGACUCAUAAGAUCCGUAUCAUUCCUUCGUUGACAACACUCAAGAACAUUCAAGAUAGUCCAGAGGACUAUCACAGCAACACUGGUGCCUUGGUAAUAGGCAAUCCCAAGGUUAAUUGGCUGCAACCAUUGCCAGCUGCAAGAAAGGAAGCGGAGAUGGUCGGACGACUGGUGGGUGUUCCGCCUCUAGUUGAAGAGAAAGCAACGAAGCAGGCGGUACUCGAGCGGAUAAGUUCAGUGAGCUUAAUACAUUUCGCUGCCCAUGGUAACGCAGAAAGAGGGGAAAUUGCACUCUCCCCCAUUCCUACUCCCAACAGUCAAAACGCUUUCCCACCGAAGGAAGCUUACCUGUUGACGAUGGCUGAUAUCUCACGAGUGAAAGUCAGAGCCAAACUGGUGGUACUUAGCUGCUGUCACAGUGGAAGUGAAGAGAUAAGAGCCGAGGGAGUUAUAGGAAUUGCCCGUGCGUUCUUAGGAUCCGGUGCUCGCUCGGUGUUGGUUGCGCUGUGGGCCAUUCCAGACUCAGCAACAGAGCAGCUGAUGAGUCGGUUCUACGAACACCUCAUUGAAGGUGGAAGUGCCAGUGAAUCCCUUCAUCAGGCCAUGAAGUGGAUGAGAAAAAACCCCUUGAACAAAAUCUCUGAGUGGGCUUCGUUUACGCUGAUUGGAGAUGAUGUGAGACUCGAGUUUGAC